CUCAGUGACGCCAUCAGUAUCAUCGGGCGGGAGGACUUCCCACAGAAGUGGCCGGAUCUGCUGACCGAGAUGAUCAAUCGCUUCCAGAGCGGCGACUUCCACGUGAUCAACGGCGUCCUGCACACCGCGCACUCCCUGUUCAAGAGGAACCUGCCCGGCCUCCUCCAAGAUCUUCCGGAGUUCUUUGAGGAUAACAUGGAGACCUGGAUGACCAACUUCCACAGCCUGCUGACCCUGGACAACAAGCUGCUGCAGACCGACGACGAGGAGGAGGCGGGGCUUCUGGAGUUACUGAAAUCACAGAUCUGUGACAACGCCGCUUUGUACGCCCAGAAAUACGAUGAGGAGUUUCAGCCGUACCUCCCCCGCUUCGUCACCGCCAUAUGGAACCUCCUGGUGACCACCGGGCAGGAAGUGAAGUAUGACUUGGUAAGUCAGUCUAUAGGUGGGAGCUGGUGACUGGGAGGGGGCGUGGCUGACGGGGAUAAGAACGUGUCAUGAUGUGCCGGAUAUUGUGAGAACUAGAGGUCCCCUCCUCCCCCCAGCGUGUGCUCACCCCCGGUCAUGUGACCUCUCUCUCUGGCUCCAGACAUCGAUACCAGGCGGCGCGCGGCUUGCGAUCUGGUCCGCGGUCUCUGCAAGUUCUUUGAGGGGCCCGUCACCAACAUCUUCUCCUGUUAUGUCAACUCCAUGCUGCAAGAGUUCGCCAAGAACCCCGCCGCCAACUGGAAGCACAAAGAUGCCGCCAUCUACCUGGUGACGUCCCUGGCCUCCAAGGCUCAGACCCAGAAGCACGGGAUCACACAAGCCAAUGAGCUUGUCAACCUGACGGAGUUCUUUGUGAGUCACAUUCUUCCCGAUCUGAAGUCCUCCAAUAUCAAUGAAUUCCCCGUCCUGAAGGCGGACGGCAUCAAAUACAUCAUGAUAUUCCGGAACCAGGUACCUAAAGAUCAGGUGCUGGCCGCCAUCCCCCUCCUGAUCGCCCACCUGCAGGCGGAGAGCGUCGUGGUUCACACGUAUGCAGCGCACGCCCUGGAGAGACUCUUCACUAUGAGAGGCGGAACCACCAACGCCACCCUCAUCACGGUGGCGGACAUGUUGCCGUACGCGGAGGGGCUUCUGUCCCACCUCUUCAAAGCUCUGUCAUUGCCCGGCUCCUCGGAGAACGAGUACAUCAUGAAAGCAAUCAUGAGAAGCUUCUCGCUGCUGCAGGAGGCCAUCAUCCCGUACAUCCCCUCCGUCAUCACUCAGCUGACGCAGAAGCUGCUGGCGGUCAGUAAGAACCCCAGCAAGCCUCACUUCAACCAUUACCUGUUCGAGUCCAUCUGCCUGUCCGUGCGCAUCACCUGCCGCUGCAACCCCGGCACUGUCAGCAGCUUCGAGGAGGCCCUGUUCCUGGUCUUCACCGAGAUCCUGCAGAGCGACGUACAAGAGUUUAUCCCGUACGUCUUCCAAGUCAUGUCGCUGCUGCUGGAGAUGCACAAGGAUGACAUUCCCGACUCCUACAUGGCGCUCUUCCCGCACCUCCUGCAGCCUAUCCUAUGGGAGAGGACGGGCAACAUCCCGCCGCUCGUCCGGCUCCUACAAGCCUACCUGGAGAGAGGAGCCAACACCAUAGCAGCCAGUGCCAGCGAUAAGAUUUCUGUGGCCCUUGUGUCUUGCAGGACGUGUCUGGAGCCGUACAAGAGACAAAUCUUCAUCGUUCUCUUCCAGAGGUUGCAGAGCUCCAAAACCACAAAGUUUGUGAAAAGCUUCCUGGUGUUCUUGAACCUGUAUUGUGUGAAAUACGGAGCCAUCGCCCUGCAGGAAAUGGUGGACAGCAUCCAACCCAAGAUGUUUGGGAUGGUGGUGGAGAAGAUUAUAAUCCCGGAGCUCCAGAAGGUUUCGGGUCACAUAGAGAAGAAGAUCUGUGCCGUGGGAAUCACCAAAGUCCUGACAGAAUGUCCCGCGGUGAUGGACACGGACUACACCAAGCUGUGGGCGUCUCUGCUCCAGGCUCUGAUUGGCCUGUUUGAGCUUCCUGAAGAUGACACCAUCCCGGACGACGAGCAUUUCAUUGACAUCGAGGACACGCCCGGCUACCAGACCGCCUUCUCCCAACUGGCAUUCGCCGGCAAGAAGGAGCACGACCCCAUCGGAGAGCUGGUCAGUAAUCCCAAGAUCCUCCUGGCCCAGUCUCUGCACAAGCUGUCCACGGCCCGGCCCGGGCGGGUCCCGGAGAUGAUUAGCACGAGUCUGAACGCCGACGCUCUCCAGUUCCUCCAGGGUUACCUGCAGGUGGCCAGUGUGAACCUCGUGUGAGGGGCCCGGGGGGAGGACUCCAG